AUGGCGCUGAGCAACUCGCUCUUCGCCCAGUGCCUGGGCUACUUCCUGGCCUUCCUCUUCAGCUUCAUCGUGGCCGUGCCCCUGUCGGAGAACAGCAACGACUUCCACGGCCGCUGCCUGCUCUUCACCGAGGGCAUGUGGCUCAACGCCAACCUGACGGCCGAGAAGCAGCGCUUCACCGUGCAGGAGUGGGGGCCCGAGUCCGCCUGCCGCUUCAGCCUCUUCGCCGGCCUCCUCUCCCUCCUCCUCGCCGCCGUCCAGGCCUGGCGGACCCUCUUCCUGCUCUGCAAAGGCCACGAGGACUGUGAAGAGUUACAGGAUAUAGAUCUUGAGCUGAAUUUGGAAAACUCAUCAUUCUACGACCAGUUUGCCAUCACACAGUUUGGCCUCUGGGCAGCCUGGCUGAGUUGGCUCGGAAUUACCAUUUUGGCCUUCCUGAAGGUUUAUCACAAUUACCGACAGGAAGACCUGCUGGACAGCCUGAUUCACGAGAAGGAGUUUUUGCUAGGACGGUCCUCAUCACGAACUUCUUUUCAGGAUGAAAAAAGUGGCAUGAUCUAACAGGUGGAUGAGCCGGUCUGGGCUUUCUUAUUUGGUAGCUCUAGUGGAAGUUCAAGUAUGGAAGCUGUAUUGGAAUGUCUGCAAAGUGGGCUUUAGGAAAGUGGGACUGAGCAUCCGAUGAAGGAGAUAUUUAUUGUCUGUAGACGCAACGCCAUUGAUGUAACCCAUGUGGCUCGUUCACACAUGC